AUGUCAGCCGGUGACUUCUCUGCCUCCCUCAUGCUGGCGGGGAUGGACUACAUCGCGCCAUCGGAGGCCUGCACUCUCCCGACUCGGUUGAAGCAGGGUGAGGGAGAUGGCUCUGUGCAGAGACACAGCUCCGCUAAUGAGGUGGUGAAGAUAACUCUACAGGACUGCUUGGCGUGUAGUGGCUGUGUGACAACGGCAGAGGCGGUUCUUGUAUCUUCCCAAAGUCGCGAGGAAAUCCUUAAAACUCGCGCAGCGGAUACAGCACGUCCUUUUCUGGUUACUGUCAGCGACCAAUCUGCCGCCUCUAUUGCUGCCUAUUUGGAUAUUCCCACCUGGCGCGUUUUCCACAUUGUGAGUGGAUUCUUCCGUGUUGUAUUACAGGCGCAGUAUGUAUCUGAUCUCCGCUGGGCGCAGUACAUCUCACUUGAAAAGACUGCAGAAGAGUACUGUCGUCGAAUGCGUUACGCAAGAGAAACUCUUCCGAUGGUGGUGUCUGCAUGCCCGGGGUGGGUGUGCUACUGUGAGAAGCAAGGCCCCGCCCUACUUCCGUUGUUAUGUCCGGUGAUGUCUCCACAAGGCAUCGCCGGGUGCUACGCCAAGACACUCCAGCCGAAGUUGUGCCACGUCUCUGUGCAACCCUGCUUUGAUCGCAAGUUGGAGGCUGCACGGGACGCUUCCCCUGCCAGUGGUGAGCGGUACACGGACUUUGUGGUGAGCACGCAGGAGUUGCUGGAGUGGAUGCUGGAGAUCGACGCGUCAUUCCCGUGGUGGGCGCCAUUGAGCUCGGAAUUUGGGCCACUCCCCAAUCGGCCCCUGCAAGAAGACAACUGCGCCUUUGCAGCCGCUAUGGAGGGCAGUGGCGGCUAUCAUCGCUUUGCCAUGCAGUAUGCAGCCCGCGAACUGCACCAUACCACUCUUGCGCCUGAUGAUAUUUUCUACGAAAUGAAACGGAACGCCAACCAUCACCAGGCCACAAGUUUAAGUAACCCUGACGAAAUGUACUGCGUCGCCUAUGGCUUCCAGAACAUCCAGAAUACUGUACGGGGAAUAAAGCGUAAAUUGGCCUCAGUUGCGCAAUAUACAUUCAUUGAACUAAUGGCAUGUCCGGACGGUUGUCUUAACGGUGGUGGACAAGUGCGAUAUGGCACCGUAGGUGACACCGCAGGACGAAUUGCCAAGGUGAAGGAUACUUUCAGAAAUUAUGUGUUUCCAAAUGAUGCGGUGAAGAUGAGACGGACAGAGUCCGGGAAGGUGCAAGAGAGCGCCUACGAAGAGAAGGACUGUGAACCACCUUACUUUUCCGUGAGCGCCUUCAGAGAACUGGAGAAGAAUGCUGGGGCGGUGCUUUGGCGUACUGUUUUUCAUGACCGCCAGAAGGAGUUCGAGGCUACGUUAAACAAUGGUGGCGUACACAGCCUGAAGUGGUGA